UGCUUCAUAAAUAGAAGGAUCUUUGUCUAAGAAGGGAGGCUCAUCCUGACACGUUGAGAGAUAAUGAUGGUCGCCACUUUACUCUUUUGCCUGCUCUCUUUUCAAUUACCUUUUGUUUUUCCUGCCAGAAACAUUUCUUUCAAGUGCAUGCAAGACACUGAUGAAUUUCUUUCUGACCUGAAUUCAGCGACGCCCAAAGAAUACGCCCUGAGAAUGUAUGACUCUGUGGGGAAGCUUGGAAGCAACAUUCUUAAUGGCAACCUGGACAGGCUGGGAUCUUACAGCGAGUGCCUCUCCACCCACAGCCCCACUAGAAGAUUCCGAGGGCAGUAUUGUAAGCUUCAUAUACUUCAGGAUGGAGCCGAUUACAGUGUGGGUGUGUGUGUCCCUGAUUCCUGUACUGAAGAGGAUGUGACUAUGAUGUCUCAGCUGGAUACUUUAAGAUUUAGAAACACUUCAUUCUCAGCCCCCUCCCUUUCCCUCUUUGUGUCAAAUUCUUCUCCCUUGGCUGGUGGGAGUGUGGCCAGAUGCGCUGCUGGAAUGUUCCCCCUGGACACCUUUACUGCUGUGUGUCUGUUCAUCACCUUGCUGGGUCUUGUUCUCCCUCUCACUGGAACACUCUGCGUGGCUGCCAGGGGCUGGAGCUCAGACCUCAGGACACCGUCACCUGCAGGCGGGGCCCCCUCUACCAGCUAUGGGAGUCUGCCUUUGAGAGAGAUGGGGAGCAAUGGGCACAGACACAGAGUGUGUGGGGCAGCUUCCCAGGCCCCUCUCUCCCCUGCCGGACCUCCAAGCAGAAGAAGAUUUCUGGAAGCCAUGAAUCAUGCUCUGCAGUGCUUUUCUUGGCAGAAGAAUGUGCCGGCCAUCUGGACCACAAAGAUACCAGCAGUUACCUGCCCUGCACUGAAUGGCAUCCGGGUCUUGAGUCUCCUCUGGAUCAUCUCAGGACACACCAGCCAGAUGACAGCGUGGCUGUCUUUAGAUAAUGUGCUUGAAUGGAAAACCAGGGUGCCUAAAAACCCGCUAUACCUUUAUUCUCGGAGUGGCCCAUUCUAUCUCGGGGUUGAUACAUUUUUCCUGAUCAGUGGUUGGUUAAGUGCCAGGUCAUUUCUAAAGAUGCAUCAGAAUUCAGACAAAGGAAUAACCCUUAAGGUUAUAUUCAGAUACUUUUUCAAUCGCCUUAUAAGGCUGCAGCCUCUUCACCUGUAUUCCGUGUGCUUGUUGGUUGGAUUGUUCUCUCUUGUUCCCUGGGGACCUGUUUGGGAAGUGCCCAAAUUCCACUGGGAUAACUGCCGGCAAGCGUGGUGGACAAACCUGCUGCUGCUGAAUAACUUCGUGUUAGUUCGAAAGGCGUGCAAUGGCUGGACUUGGUACCUGGCCGAUGACUUCCAGCUCCAUCUCCUAACACCGGUGAUCAUCUUUAUCUAUGGAAGAAGUAAACGUGUCCUUGUCCUGUUCGGUGCCAUGCUGUUGCUGCUGUCUUUCACUGUCACUGCGAUGCUCACCCUGGCUUAUAAACUUCCGGUGGCGUCUCUGUCUGCAGCCAGUGAAAAAGAGACUGUGCUAUAUUUCAUGGAAUAUUAUACCAAACCCUACUGUCGGUGUGGACCAUUCCUUGUGGGCCUCUUUUUGAGUAUUUUCAUGCAUCAAAACCAUCAGCUGAACAUUCUUAAAACUAAGGUGCAGGCCCUGAUGGGGUGGAUUUGCUCCCUACUGACCCUGUUUGUAGUUGUCGCUUUGGCGUAUGUAGUGGAUGACAUCUCUGCUGUCUCCUCUGUGGUCGCUGCAGUCUACCAGGCUCUUCACCGGACCCUGUGGGCAGUGGCCGUGGGCUGGGUCAUCUUUGCCUGCCAAGAAGGCUAUGGAGGUCUGGUGAACCAGAUGCUUUCAUGUGACCUUUGGAGUUUCCUGUCCAGCAUCAGUUACGCCUGCUACCUGGUGCACCCGAUUCUGAUCAUGCUGUACAACGGACUUCAGGAGACACCCACUCACUACACAGACACCAACAUGUUCUAUCUCUUCUCUGGACACUGUGUGCUGACCUUGGCUUCCGGGCUGGCCCUCACACUGUUCAUCGAGAAGCCCUGGCAGGAGCUGAAGCGGUGCCUGCAGGGCCCUGAGUGUUCUGGCUGAAACCCAGAAGGAUGGACGGUCCUUUGUUGAUGGUGAAGAGCAGAGGCAGGGACAGACUCCUGAGGGGGUGUGGACCUGAUUUUGUGAACAUCCAGCACGUACAAGUUCUCUGUGCUUAACUGCAGGAAAGAGCUCUGUGAUAAUGUUUGUAGCAGUACAAUGAUCACUCUCUUUUGAAACUUUUAGGCAAAAAUAGCUGGAUAUUUUGGGAGUUGGCUUGCCUCUGAGGAUCCUAGUGUUAAAGCAGAUGACAAUGGAGACCACACCCAAGCGAUUCCCUAAAUGACAAAGUCAGUGCACCCUCCUAAGUGACUUCAACCUCUUGCAAACAUGAACAAGACUUGAGUUAUUUCUUGUAAAUGUUUUCAUUAUAGUAAAGAAAAACAGAAGUUAAGCUCAACCAAUCAGGAGCAGCCAGAGAACUUCAAGUACCAGGUAAA